CAGGCAGCUAUGACAACCAAGUUUGAAACUCGGAGGAAUGACUUCAGAUAAGAAGCUUUCGUUCUCCAGAGAGCGACAGAAAUAUCUAAAAUGUACCGUCUACUUGGACAUACAGGCUAUCAGAACAAAUCCAGGAGUGAUGCUACCCCGUCAGGAGGACGUCUACCUCAGUGUGUGCAUCAUGGGCCAGUACAAGAAGACUCACUGCCUGCCCCCUAACUUUCCUUUGCUCUUUCACCACAAAAUGGUCUUUGUCAAGACUUUCCUAGAUGUGGUUGACCCUGCAGAUGUCUCUGACCUUCUAGAUUCUGACACCACGUCUUUUGAGCUGAUUCAGCUGGUGCCUCCAGAGGGUGAAAUCCUUGCCACGUUGGUGGAGAACACCAGGGGUUUCAUUUAUCCAGGACCCAGACUGACCUCUAGAAACGGAGUACCGGAGAGGGAGAUGGUGAUGAAGAAAUCUCCCUCCUUCCCUGGAAUCUGCCCCAAACUGGAGUUUUCUACCACAGCUGUCAUUGAGGAGAGUGGUUGGAGAGACAGCUGGCCCACCUCACCACCUUCUUGUCUUUCUUUGAGGAGGCUGUCAUCAUCCCCGUCAGGACCCAGCUUCACUAAAAUAUCCCUAUCUUCAUCACCUAAGCAAAACCUUCGGUCUCCAGUCAGCUGGCAGCAUGGGAGAGAGGAUGAUGGGAAAUGUUGUUCCUCAAAGAGCAGGAAUGAGAAAAGAAGCUCUAAAGCUAGAAUUGCAGAGCCUGCAUCAUUGUCACCAUCAUGUCAACAGUCUCUCUUUUUGUCCCUCUCUGACCACCAUGAGCAAAGAGAAAGAAAGGAGAGGAGACAGUCUCAGACUGUGGCUAGGUCCUCUAACAACUCAGGAUACCAGCGGCCCACAGUGGCCUCCACAGCCCGUGCCCUGUCCCCUUACACCCACCGCAGAAUGUGCCAGCUGUCAGAGGAUGCCAGCCAGAGGCUCAGCCACCUACAGUUGGGACCGCACUGCUUCCGGAAAGAGACGGAGAGACAGCCACCUUUCUUGGUGUCUGGAUGCCGUAAUGUCUCUGUGAUGGAGACUCCCUGCUCAAGGCAUGUGUCCUCUCCCAAAACCAGUAGCCUGUAUCACAGUCACCUUGCCAGCUUCACAGCUGAUCACACAGAUCCCUCUCUCCUGGGAAGCUACAGACCAAAACCAGCCAAAUGGGGAUCUGUAAGGCCCUCGUUGUCUCCAGAAACCCCAUUUAAGCAUGAAGCAGUGAUCAGGACCCCAACCAAAGGCACUGCAUCAGCACCAUCAAAACCCGGCGCAUCAAGCUGUCGAAGCCCCCUGAUGGUCAGCAAGUCUACCCUGAGAGAAAGGUUCCACAGCAUUCAGUCCAGUCCAUCCCAGUGGGAGCAAAUUCACCACCGAGUCCAGAAGAUUUUGCAGACCCAUGGAACAAACUGGAAACCCAGACAAGCUGAAGAGGAGAGGAUGGCUGAUCCCUGCGACAGUCAAAUCCUCCAGGAAAGAGAGACUGAAGAAGAGACGUCUCUUUACCUGGAUAACAGAGCCUUGUGUAGCAAAGGGACAUCCUGUCACACAGAUGGCCCCCAUAGAGCUGUGUUUGAGGACAGCCUAGGUAAAAUCUACAAAAACAUGUACAGGAGGGCCUCUAGCAUCUAUUAAUACCAUCCAGA